AAGAAGAAAGAAGGCAUUGACAAAGAAGAACAUGUGCAAAGAGUGGAAGCUUAGUGGACAUUAAAUGGAACAACCCCUUCCUUUCUCUGCACUUUCUUUUGCUUUCAGUUCUCACUCUCUCUCCUCUUCUUAUUAAAAACACAAUCGCAUAUCUCCCUUCAAACUUCUCACUCUAUUCCACCCUUCUCUCUCCCUUUCUCUGUUCUCAGAUCCAUUGUUUUUUCUCACAGUUUCUGCCACUUUUUCCAAACACGCCCUUAUCUCAUCAGAGUUUCUCUUUUGGGCUAGAACUUGCUCUCGCAAAUGGCAACCUCUGGGUUUCAUCCUAGAAAGGUGAUGAACAGGUUGCCGUCGAAGAAGUCCCAUCCUUGGUGGUGGGAUAGUCACAUCAGUCCCAAGAAUUCUAAGUGGCUUUCAGAGAACCUAGAGGAGAUGGAUCAGAGCGUGAAGCGCAUGUUGAAGCUGAUAGAAGAGGAUGCAGAUUCAUUUGCCAAAAGGGCUGAAAUGUAUUAUCAGAAGAGGCCAGAAUUGGUUGCUCUGGUUGAGGAAUUUUACCGUCGUUACCGGGCUCUGGCUGAACGUUAUGAUCAUGUGACAGGAGAAUUGAGAAAGAAUAUACCCUCUGAUCUCCAAUCCCAAGGGUCUGGUAUUUCUGAUGCUGGCUCUGAACCGACCUUGCCUUCUCCUACUCCAAAGAGAGGGGGUCGUCUUAAAUCCAGUAACCGACCUGCUGGAUUUGAUUACUUUCUUGGCUCCAGUGGAAAUGGUUCUGAUGCACAAAAAGAUGGGGAUGAAUCCUCUACUUUGACAGAUUCUGAGAACGAAUCUGAUGAUUCGUCAGUUAAUUCUGGUUUCUUACAGAAUGGAAGUGAUCUGUGGAUAAACAGAAGAAUAAUAGAGUUGGAAACCGAGCUACGUGAGUUAAAAGGAAAGCUAUGGAUGCAGGAAGAGGAACAUGCAGAGGUUUCAUCUAGGGGAUCAAGAAAUGAGAAUUCUGAGGAUUUUUAUACCAAAAUCAACGCCUAUGAACAAGAACUGAUGAAUGUUAACGACAAGUUAAGACUUUCAGAAGAAGAAAUUACUAAACUGAAAAUUGAGCUAGAAAAAUACGGACCCUUUAAUGCUGAAAAUACGGAGGCUGGUUUUGAGUUUUCAUCAACUAAAGAAGACGUCAAUGAUGGAGGGGAAGCCCUGGAGCACAAGAUGAUAGAGGUUGAAGGAAGUAUUGAUGUUGUGGAUAAGGCAUUGUCUGACCAAAAUGCUGAGAUUGAGUCGCUUGCAAGGGAGCUAAGAAUUACCAAAGAAAAUCUCAAAGCUUCAGAAGAACAAAUUACUUCACUGAAGUUUGAGGCCAAUAAUUCGUCUGAAAGAAUUCAGCAGUUGUUGAAUCAGCUUGAUUUGGCUACUAAAGACAUUGCUACUUGGAAAAACAAAUUCAAUAGUGAGAAAAGAGAGAGCACCAAACUCAAUGAAAGACUUGCAAGGUUAAAGACUAGUCUAUCUGAUCGAGACCAAGAGGUCAGGGAUUUGAAAACAGCAGUAUCUGAUGCUGAGGAGAAAAUAUUCCCGGAGAAAGCUGAAUUGAAGUCUGAAAUGUCAAAGUUGCUGGAGGAACGGACUCAUUUAGAAGAACAUAUCAGAGACUGGGAAUGUCGAGGUCGUUCAUUUGAAGAUGAAAUCAGAAAGAUCCAGUCUGAAAAAGUAGAGACAGAGGAGAAUCUCAGGGUUGCGAUUCUGCUGUUAAAGGAGAACAUUGAGCUGAGAGAGAUCACCAUAAAAGAUCUCAACACUAGCCUUGAUACUCUACAAUUAGAGAAAGAUAACCUCCAUGUUGAAGUCGGUUUGCUUAAGGAAGAGUUGAACUCCAAAGAUGUUAGGAUUGAACACCUGAACAACCAUUUGAACCAGCUACACAUGGAACAUGUACAACUGAUUGUAGGAAUGGAGGAGGCACAUAAACAAGUGGAAGAGCUAAAAUCAAAAGCUAAGCAAUUUGAGGAGGAGAUUGAUAGGCAAAAAACUGUGAUCUUAGACGGAGCGGAAGAGAAACGGGAGGUCAUAAGGCAGCUAUGUUUCUCACUCGAGCACUACAGGAAUAGCUAUAAUAUGCUUAGACAGCACGUUAUGGGGCACAAACGGGUUCCAGUUUUGGCUGCCUGAUGAAUAAAUGUGAAGGUGAUAUUGUAUAUUGUUUUGGUUAUCUUCAUUUCUCUGUCUUGGAAUGUAUUUUCUUAUGCUUAUGGCUCUAGUGUAUUUGAGUCAGGAUCAUGUGUAAUAUUAUGGAGAAGUGAUGACAUGUUAGCUACACUACACAUUUGCUGAUGGCACUGCUAAGUUUCAUUGAUUUUUAUAAGAAGCUAUGCCAUAGAACCUUCCUUAAGGGUUCUUGAAAGAUUGAAAAUUGCUUAGUUUGUUCUGAGGUGAAUGGUUGUGCAACGUUCUUUAUUUUUA